CAUGCAUUACGACAACAUGGCGUACAAUCCUAUGAACCCCACCCCCGGUGUUGUCAUCAAUGAGGUGAACGGUACGGAUGUCUACCACAACGUCCCUAAAGAUUAUACCGGCGAUGAUGUCGACCCCCAGAUAUUUAUGUCGAUGUUGAAAGGUGCAAUGUUUACAAAGUUACCAAGUGGUUGUUUUGAAAAGCCGUGGCUAGAUGAUUUGGCGAAUAGGAAUGAUCCAGGUGAAACAUUGCAGCAACAAUAUGAUUAUAUCAGCGAAAGUAGUUCUGUGGUCAGGGAGAAAAUUAGACUUGUACGAAAUUACUCAGUGCCGAAUCCCGAAUACCCAGUACAGUUUGGCGAUUUGCAAAUGGCCAAUUUAAAAAUAUACUAA